AUGGCCACCCUCGGAUCUCCCUCCCCUCCCUCCUCGCCCUCGCUCAACUUCCGGCGCAAGAGCUGGGCCCGCCGACUGGAAAGAUGCUGCUGCCAAACACUCGCCUACUUCCCUCUGACCUUCGUCUACGGCCUCACGACAUGGGCCGUCUACGUCGAAGUCAACAUCAGCUUCUGGAGCAGCGCAUCCACGACCUCCUACAUCAGCGCCUUUCUCGGUCUAGCCCUCUACCUCCUCGCCAAUACCAGCUAUACCGUCGCCGUUUUCACCUCCCCCGGGUCUCCUCUGGACCCGCGACAAGAUUGGCGCGAUCGCGGCCUCUUCCCUAAAUCCAGCUCCACCUACUCCGCCCUCCCUACAAGCGAGCGGCACGACGACCACUCUUAUGCACCGCACAGCAGCGGCACCAAUGGCAUGACCACCCUCACCGCCAAAUCCUCCACCGGCAAACCUCGCUACUGCAAAAAAUGCCACGUCACCAAACCCGACCGCGCCCACCACUGCUCUACCUGUGGACAGUGCGUGCUGAAGAUGGACCAUCACUGCCCUUGGCUCGCUACUUGCGUGGGUCUGCAUAACUAUAAACCCUUCCUCUUGUUCCUCACCUACACGUCGCUGUUCUGCUGGCUCUGCUUUGCGGUUAGUGGAUGGUGGGUGUGGAACACGAUCGCCGAGGCGCAGCGGAUGGAGGAGGGGAUGAAAAUUGUCAAUGCGAUAUUGCUCGCGGUGCUGGGAGGGAUUAUAGGAUUGGUGUUGACGGGUUUCACGGGCUGGCAUAUUUGGUUGGCAGUGAGUGGACAAACUACGAUCGAGAGUCUGGAGAAGACGCGAUACCUCAGCCCCUUACGGAGAAGCAUGGAGCCAUCGGCAGCGCACGGAGCCGGACGACACUACAUCGGCCAGGACCCAGAAAGUAGAGAAGAAGAAGGCCAAACCCUCCUCGACCACCUCAAAGAAACCCACGCCAACGCCCUCCCUGGCAUCCUCCGCCCGGAAGAAGGCGAAGAAUCCCGCCCGCCCUCCUCAACCCCCACACCUCUCCCCCAAGCCUCUUUCACCCACACCCACACCCGCGCCCCCUCCGACUCACCAGCAAAGAACUCCCUGACCCAAUCCUACGCCUCUCUCGAAGCCGCCCGCGAACGUGCCCGCUACGCCGCUUAUCAGGACGAACUCGACAGCGCCAAACUGCCCAACGCCUUUGAUCUCGGCUGGAAGCGCAACCUCCUACACGUUCUCGGGCCGCAGUGGUUUUUCUGGCCGCUGCCGGUGUGUAACUCGACGGGCGACGGGUGGGGCUGGGAUGUUUCGCAGGAGUGGAGGGAGGCGGUGGAAGUGGUGAAGAGGGAAAGGGAGGCGAGGGAGAGGGAGGAAGCGGUAUGGGAUGGUGCUGGACACGGUAGGGAGGAGCCGAGGAGGGAUUUCAGGUGGCAGGCUGGGCAGGGUUUCGUGAAUCAUGCUCCGCCGCCGCCGGGAAGGUACCAGGAUGGCGGUGAUGAAUUGGAUGACGAGGGCAGGCAGAUGCAGAUGCAGCCGUUGGAUCGGAGGAAACCGCUGCCGCCGAGGGUGUCGUCGAGGAAUAGCGGUGCUGGUGGUGGUGGGGAGGUUGAUUCCUAUGAUACGAGCAGUGAUGAGGAUGUACAGCAAAGGAGGUUUGAGGCGCGUGGGACGAAUGGGACGGCGAAUUGGAACGACAUUCCUGAUGAUUUUCUAUCGGCUGGGCGCAGGAGCGAGGGUGUGAAUAGGAGUAGGAGUCGCGGGAGGAGGAAGGGGGACUAG